AUGUAAACAUACAACACGUCAUGAAACGCGUUUAUAUAAAAGAGCUGUGUAUGUUAUGGUAUGGUUAGAGUAUUUCGACGGAAGCAUGCUGAGGCAAUAGGAAGCAAUAGAGAAGGAAAUUCAAUAUGGGUCUACUGAACUGGAAACACAGUUCUACCUAUCCCACAACGCCUCACAGACACAGAGUAGCCAUUCUGGACAAUAGCGGAAGUGACGUAUCAAAAGAAAAAGGAACGCUGAUUUUUAAGGGACAGCUGUAUGGCACGUUAGGAACAGGCGACAUUGUGGCUGUGAACAUUCCUCUAUCAAAGACAUGUCCCCACAAGAACGCAUGGCACUCUAAUUUGAAGAGGUACAAGCAAUUACAUAGAGUAAUUGAAUCUAUGUGUGCAGAAUACAAAAACGAAAUCUUUCCCAUAUCAACCUGUUCGUCUAUGGUAGCGCCGAUGAAGAGGGCGACGACAUGGUUGAUGAAGACGCUGGGGCGUGACGUGAGAGAGGGGGAGAUGGUGUUCAUUGAAGAGGUGUUUGGUAAAGAGAGUGUGUUUGUGGACAGUGUGGGAAGGAGCCGGAAGGACUGCAGGGCUUUGGACGAGUUGAUCCACUUCUCAUUUCACGAAUCCCGCGGAGAGCGUGUCCUCUGUGGACUCCGAGGGGCCGUGGGAGCUAAUGGUGUGUUCCAUCUUACAGAACCAACUGUUCAUUCUGUGUCCAGGACGUACGGAGAUACCGACAGAGGAGUUGACGGAAUCAAUAGGGUUUUGAAAGAACAUAAAUGCACGGACAAGUGUAGAAAUUGGCGAGCUCUUCCUGUCGAUGAUGUGCUAGAGAGAUGCGUGCCAACAGCUCCACCUCUUCAUGAAUCCUUCCCGAAUCCAGAAUCCUCAUCACCCUCUCACAUCUUUCCCCCUCAGUCUCUAUCUAGCACACACUCUCACCCCCCACCGUAUGACGCCGUCAAUGACGUCAUCGCAGACCUCCCUCCAUCUUACUCUGAACUGUUCCCCUGUGGUCGCCAGUAAUCUGCCCUGUGCUGGAACAGUGGGUAGGUUUGUGGCCAGAUGCUCUCAUGUCUGUCAUACAUAUUCGUUCAGAUAAGUACUAAUUCUGAUGUCUCGUGAUAUAUGCCUUAGGUUUUCAGUUAUGUUAUGGCUUGUUGUUGAUGUUUACCACCUUUGUGAAACAUAUGAGCAGGGAUGUGGUGCUGAUAGGAGAAUAACGGCAAUCAGGGAAGAUCCUGGCCUGGUUAAGGGAUGUAACUCUUCGCUGCAAAAUGUAGUGUGAUAUACCGCUGGGCCACGCAUUUAAUUUUCUCGCUUGUAUGGGCCGCACAUUCGAAGAAGCCUCUCAACCGUGCGAAGAUCCCUUGAUCAAAUGCAUGCUAUAACGAUCAACAAUCAACACCUCAGUGGCGAUGCCAGGUGCUCAUUUUAUCAACCAUGGUUUGGUCUGGUCCAAACUCGACUAUUUCAUAGUCUGCCGAGGUUUCGGUGACGUAUUGCUCACAUCAAUCUCUAUAUACACAUGUCUUAGAUGUACAGACUGUCUCCGAGGUCCGGGGUUAUAUCCCCUGCCGCGUCAUACCAAAAGACUUUAAAAGAUGGUACUUGUUGUUACCCUGUCUGGCGCUCGGUAUUAAGGGGCUACAACAAGGACUGGUCGGCUC